GCACUCGCUGGCGGGAGCCGGGGCCGAGCGCGCCGGCCACUGGGGCCUCCUCCCUGCGUCUUCAGGCCGGCCGCCCUCCUCCCGCACCGUGCGGCGCAGGGAGGCCCCGCGCCUCGGCCGCCCCCGCUCGCCCGCCUCCGCCGCGCUGCAGGGGGACCGCCGGGCUCACGGCACCAGCAGCGCGGCCCCGGGGCGCCUCCGGCUCCUGGCUGUGGCCGCCGCAGGGGCAGCGACCUGAGCAGCCGCCGCCGGAGCCCCUAGAGCAUCCCGGGUAGCAGUGACUAGAGCGCCCAGAGAAGCCGCAGAAGCAGUAGCAGCAGCGUGAGUGGCCGCUGUCGCCGGGCUCCGCAGGGCUCCCUAGCCGGCCCGGCCAGGAGCGCGGAGCCAUGGCUGAUGCGGGUGAAGGCGAGGACGAGAUCCAGUUCUUGAGAACUGACGAUGAGGUAGUUCUGCAGUGCACAGCGACCAUCCACAAAGAGCAGCAGAAACUAUGUUUGGCAGCAGAAGGAUUUGGCAACAGACUUUGUUUUUUGGAGUCUACAUCCAAUUCCAAGAAUGUCCCCCCGGACCUGUCCAUCUGUACCUUUGUGCUGGAGCAGUCCCUGUCGGUACGUGCUCUGCAGGAGAUGCUGGCCAACACGAUGGAGAAGUCAGAAGGGCAGGUUGAUGUGGAAAAAUGGAAGUUCAUGAUGAAGACUGCUCAAGGUGGAGGCCACCGGACACUCCUCUAUGGACAUGCCAUAUUGCUACGCCAUUCCUACAGUGGUAUGUAUCUGUGCUGUCUCUCCACCUCCCGGUCUUCCACUGACAAACUGGCCUUUGAUGUUGGUCUUCAAGAAGACACCACAGGGGAGGCUUGCUGGUGGACCAUACAUCCUGCCUCUAAGCAGAGAUCAGAAGGAGAAAAGGUGCGGGUUGGAGAUGACCUCAUCUUGGUCAGUGUGUCUUCUGAAAGGUACUUGCACUUGUCAUACGGCAACAGCAGCUGGCAUGUGGAUGCUGCCUUCCAGCAGACCCUCUGGAGCGUGGCCCCUAUCAGCUCAGGAAGUGAAGCAGCCCAAGGGUAUCUUAUCGGUGGUGAUGUUCUCCGGCUACUACAUGGACACAUGGAUGAGUGUCUCACUGUCCCUUCAGGAGAACAUGGCGAAGAACAGCGGAGAACAGUUCAUUACGAAGGUGGUGCUGUAUCGGUUCAUGCACGUUCCCUCUGGAGACUAGAGACCCUAAGAGUCGCGUGGAGUGGAAGUCACAUAAGAUGGGGCCAACCAUUCCGACUCCGGCACGUCACAACAGGAAAAUACUUAAGCCUUAUGGAAGACAAGAACCUUCUCCUCAUGGACAAAGAAAAAGCUGAUGUCAAAUCAACGGCCUUUGCCUUCCGGUCUUCCAAGGAAAAAUUGGAUGUAGGGGUGAGAAAAGAAGUUGAUGGCAUGGGAACCUCAGAAAUCAAGUACGGAGACUCCAUUUGCUAUAUACAACAUGUGGAUACAGGCCUGUGGCUAACCUACCAGUCUGUGGAUGUGAAAUCAGCACGAAUGGGAACCAUACAGCGUAAGGCCAUUAUGCACCAUGAAGGCCACAUGGAUGAUGGCUUGAACAUAUCCAGAUCUCAGCAUGAAGAGUCCCGCACAGCCCGUGUUAUCCGGAGCACAGUGUUCCUCUUCAAUAGAUUCAUAAGGGGCCUGGAUGCACUCAGCAAGAAAGCAAAGGUGCCCACCGUUGACUUGCCCAUCGAGUCUGUGAGUCUGAGCUUGCAGGACCUCAUCGGCUACUUCCACCCCCCGGAUGAGCACUUGGAACAUGAGGACAAGCAGAACAGGCUGCGAGCCCUGAAGAACAGGCAGAAUCUCUUCCAGGAAGAGGGAAUGAUCAACUUGGUUCUGGAGUGCAUUGACCGCCUGCAUGUCUACAGUAGUGCAGCCCACUUUGCAGAUGUCGCGGGCCGAGAAGCAGGGGAAUCUUGGAAAUCCAUUCUGAAUUCUCUGUAUGAGUUGCUGGCGGCUCUAAUUAGAGGAAAUCGUAAAAACUGUGCUCAAUUUUCUGGUUCCCUUGACUGGCUGAUCAGCAGACUGGAAAGACUGGAAGCGUCCUCUGGCAUUCUGGAGGUCCUCCACUGUGUGUUAGUGGAGAGCCCAGAAGCUCUGAAUAUCAUCAAAGAAGGACAUAUCAAAUCCAUCAUCUCACUUUUAGACAAGCAUGGAAGAAACCACAAGGUCCUGGACGUGUUGUGCUCUCUCUGUGUUUGCCAUGGGGUUGCUGUCCGUUCUAACCAGCAUCUCAUCUGCGACAAUCUUCUGCCAGGACGAGAUCUCUUACUACAGACCCGUCUUGUGAAUCAUGUCAGUAGCAUGAGGCCUAAUAUCUUCCUGGGUGUCAGCGAAGGGUCUGCACAGUAUAAGAAGUGGUACUACGAGCUCAUGGUGGACCAUACAGAACCCUUUGUGACAGCAGAGGCUACUCACCUGCGAGUGGGCUGGGCUUCCACUGAAGGCUAUUCCCCGUACCCUGGCGGGGGCGAAGAGUGGGGUGGCAAUGGCGUUGGUGAUGACCUCUUCUCCUAUGGGUUCGAUGGCCUUCACCUCUGGUCAGGUUGUAUAGCUCGAACUGUGAGCUCACCCAACCAGCACUUGUUGAGAACUGACGAUGUCAUCAGUUGCUGUUUAGAUCUAAGUGCCCCAAGCAUCUCAUUCCGCAUUAACGGACAACCUGUUCAAGGAAUGUUUGAGAACUUCAACAUCGAUGGCCUAUUCUUUCCAGUUGUCAGUUUCUCUGCAGGAAUAAAGGUUCGCUUUUUGCUUGGGGGGAGACAUGGAGAAUUCAAGUUUCUUCCUCCACCUGGCUAUGCAGCUUGCUAUGAGGCUGUUUUGCCGAAAGAGAAAUUGAAAGUAGAACACAGUCGAGAAUAUAAGCAGGAGAGGACAUACACACGAGAUUUGCUGGGGCCCACGGUGUCCCUGACCCAAGCCGCCUUCACACCCGUUCCUGUGGACACCAGCCAGAUUGUGUUGCCUCCUCACCUGGAAAGGAUAAGAGAAAAACUGGCAGAGAAUAUCCACGAGCUCUGGGUUAUGAAUAAAAUUGAGCUUGGCUGGCAGUAUGGUCCGGUUAGAGAUGACAACAAGAGACAGCACCCAUGUCUGGUGGAGUUCUGCAAACUGCCGGAACAGGAACGCAACUACAACCUGCAGAUGUCGCUUGAAACUCUCAAGACUUUGCUGGCAUUAGGAUGUCACGUGGGUAUAGCAGAUGAACACGCUGAGGAGAAAGUGAAGAAAAUGAAGCUUCCCAAGAAUUACCAGCUGACCAGUGGAUACAAACCUGCUCCAAUGGAUCUGAGCUUUAUAAAACUCACCCCCUCUCAGGAAGCAAUGGUGGACAAGUUGGCCGAAAAUGCUCACAACGUGUGGGCCCGGGACCGAAUCCGGCAGGGCUGGACUUACGGCAUCCAGCAGGACGUGAAGAACAGAAGAAACCCUCGCCUCGUUCCCUACACUCUUCUGGAUGACAGAACCAAGAAGUCAAACAAAGACAGUCUCCGAGAGGCGGUUCGCACGCUGCUGGGCUAUGGCUACCACCUGGAAGCUCCUGAUCAGGACCACGCCGCGAGAGCCGAGGUGUGUAGCGGCACUGGGGAGAGGUUUCGUAUCUUCAGGGCAGAGAAGACCUAUGCGGUGAAGGCUGGUCGCUGGUACUUUGAAUUUGAGGCGGUCACUGCUGGAGACAUGCGUGUGGGCUGGAGCAGGCCAGGCUGCCAGCCGGAUCUAGAGCUGGGUUCUGAUGAACGUGCCUUUGCUUUUGAUGGUUUUAAGGCCCAGCGCUGGCACCAGGGCAAUGAACAUUAUGGACGCUCUUGGCAAGCAGGUGAUGUCGUGGGCUGCAUGGUUGACAUGAACGAACAUACCAUGAUGUUCACUCUGAAUGGUGAGAUCCUGCUGGAUGACUCAGGCUCCGAGCUGGCUUUCAAGGACUUCGAUGUUGGUGAUGGCUUCAUCCCUGUCUGUAGCCUAGGGGUGGCACAAGUAGGCAGGAUGAACUUUGGAAAGGACGUCAGCACUUUGAAAUAUUUCACCAUCUGUGGCUUACAAGAAGGCUAUGAACCAUUUGCUGUUAACACAAAUAGAGACAUCACCAUGUGGCUGAGCAAGCGGCUUCCUCAGUUCCUCCAAGUCCCAUCAAACCAUGAACACAUCGAGGUAACAAGAAUAGAUGGCACCAUUGACAGUUCUCCAUGUCUGAAGGUCACUCAGAAGUCCUUUGGUUCUCAGAACAGCAACACUGACAUCAUGUUUUACCGCCUGAGCAUGCCCAUUGAGUGUGCGGAAGUCUUCUCGAAGACAGUGGCAGGAGGGCUCCCUGGUGCAGGCCUCUAUGGGCCCAAGAAUGAUCUAGAGGAUUAUGAUGUGGACUCUGAUUUUGAGGUUCUGAUGAAGACAGCUCAUGGUCAUCUGGUACCUGAUCGCAUUGAUAAGGACAAAGAAACCCCGAAGCCAGAGUUCAAUAACCACAAAGAUUAUGCUCAGGAAAAGCCUUCACGCCUAAAGCAAAGAUUCUUACUUAGAAGGACAAAGCCAGAUUACAGCACAAGCCAUUCUGCAAGACUCACUGAAGAUGUCCUUGCUGAUGACCGGGAUGACUAUGAGUACCUGAUGCAGACAUCCACGUACUAUUACUCAGUGAGGAUCUUUCCUGGACAAGAACCUGCUAAUGUCUGGGUGGGCUGGAUUACAUCUGACUUCCACCAGUACGACACAGGCUUUGAUUUGGACAGAGUGCGCACGGUGACUGUCACUCUAGGGGAUGAAAAAGGAAAAGUACACGAGAGCAUCAAACGCAGCAACUGCUAUAUGGUGUGUGCGGGAGAGAGCAUGAGUCCUGGACAAGGGCGAAACAACAGCAAUGGUCUGGAGAUUGGCUGUGUGGUGGAUGCUGCCAGUGGGCUGCUCACAUUCAUUGCCAAUGGCAAGGAGCUAAGUACUUACUAUCAGGUGGAGCCAAGUACAAAAUUAUUUCCUGCAGUUUUUGCACAAGCUACAAGUCCCAAUGUUUUCCAGUUUGAGUUGGGCAGAAUAAAGAAUGUGAUGCCUCUCUCAGCGGGAUUGUUUAAAAGUGAGCACAAAAACCCAGUGCCCCAGUGUCCUCCACGACUGCAUGUGCAGUUCCUGUCACAUGUCCUGUGGAGCCGGAUGCCCAACCAGUUCUUGAAGGUGGAUGUCUCUCGAAUCAGUGAACGCCAAGGCUGGCUGGUGCAGUGUCUUGAUCCUCUACAGUUCAUGUCCCUCCACAUCCCUGAGGAGAACAGAUCUGUUGAUAUCUUAGAGCUGACAGAGCAGGACGAGUUGCUGCAGUUUCACUAUCACACCCUCCGCCUCUACUCUGCUGUCUGUGCCCUUGGGAAUCACCGGGUGGCCCAUGCACUGUGCAGUCACGUGGACGAACCUCAGCUGCUCUAUGCCAUUGAGAACAAGUACAUGCCUGGCUUGCUGCGCGCUGGCUAUUAUGACCUGCUGAUUGACAUACACCUCAGCUCCUAUGCCACUGCCAGGCUCAUGAUGAACAAUGAGUUCAUUGUCCCUAUGACAGAGGAGACAAAGAGCAUCACCCUCUUCCCCAAUGAGAACAAGAAACAUGGUCUCCCAGGCAUUGGCCUCAGUACCUCCCUCCGGCCUCGGAUGCAGUUUUCCUCCCCUAGUUUUGUGAGCAUUAGCAGUGAAUGUUAUCAAUAUAGUCCCGAGUUUCCGUUGGAUAUCCUCAAGGCCAAGACCAUCCAGAUGCUCACAGAAGCAGUGAAGGAGGGCAGCCUCCAUGCACGGGACCCUGUAGGUGGGACCACAGAGUUCCUCUUUGUACCUCUCAUCAAACUCUUCUACACCCUGCUCAUCAUGGGUGUCUUUCACAACGAGGAUUUGAAACACAUCCUGCAGUUGAUUGAGCCCAGUGUGUUUAAGGAAGCUGCCACUCCAGAGGAGGAAGGAGGAGCCCCAGAGAAGGAGAUCAGUGCAGAAGACUCUAAGCUGGAAGGAAUAUGUGAAGAAGAAGCCAAAGGGGCCAAAAGGCCCAAGGAAGGCCUGCUCCAGAUGAAACUCCCAGAGCCAGUUAAACUACAGAUGUGCCUCUUGCUUCAGUACCUCUGUGACUGCCAGGUUCGGCACCGGAUAGAAGCCAUUGUAGCCUUUUCAGAUGACUUUGUAGCUAAGCUCCAAGACAAUCAACGGUUCAGAUAUAAUGAAGUUAUGCAAGCCUUAAACAUGUCUGCCGCACUCACUGCCCGGAAAACGAAGGAGUUCCGGUCACCACCACAAGAGCAGAUUAACAUGCUUCUCAAUUUUAAGGAUGACAAAAGUGAAUGUCCCUGUCCUGAGGAAAUUCGAGACCAACUCCUGGACUUCCAUGAGGACCUGAUGACUCACUGUGGAAUUGAGCUGGAUGAAGAUGGAUCCCUGGAUGGAAGCAAUGACUUGACAAUCAGAGGACGUUUGAUGUCCCUGGUAGAAAAGGUGACCUACCUCAAGAAGAAACAAGCUGAAAAACCAGUUGCAAGUGACUCCAGAAAGUCCUCCAGUCUCCAGCAAUUGAUUUCUGAGACUAUGGUGCGGUGGGCUCAAGAAUCUGUCAUCGAGGACCCUGAGCUGGUGAGGGCCAUGUUUGUGUUGCUGCAUCGACAGUAUGAUGGCAUCGGGGGUCUCGUCCGGGCACUGCCAAAGACCUACACUAUCAAUGGUGUCUCUGUGGAGGAUACGAUCAACCUGCUUGCAUCGCUUGGUCAGAUCCGAUCCCUGCUGAGUGUGAGGAUGGGCAAAGAGGAAGAGAAGCUAAUGAUUCGUGGAUUGGGGGAUAUCAUGAAUAACAAAGUGUUUUACCAGCACCCCAAUCUCAUGAGGGCCCUUGGAAUGCAUGAAACAGUGAUGGAAGUCAUGGUGAAUGUCCUUGGAGGUGGAGAGUCCAAGGAAAUCACCUUCCCCAAGAUGGUAGCCAACUGUUGCCGUUUUCUCUGUUACUUCUGUCGUAUAAGCAGGCAGAAUCAGAAAGCCAUGUUUGACCAUCUCAGUUAUUUACUAGAAAACAGCAGUGUUGGUCUUGCUUCACCAGCCAUGAGAGGUUCAACCCCCCUGGAUGUGGCCGCAGCUUCAGUCAUGGACAACAAUGAACUUGCCCUCGCUCUGCGGGAGCCGGAUCUGGAGAAGGUAGUUCGCUAUCUGGCUGGCUGUGGGCUGCAGAGCUGUCAGAUGCUGGUGUCUAAGGGUUACCCAGACAUUGGGUGGAAUCCAGUUGAAGGAGAGAGAUACCUCGACUUUCUCAGAUUUGCUGUUUUCUGUAACGGGGAGAGUGUGGAAGAGAAUGCAAACGUUGUGGUGAGGUUGCUCAUCCGGAGGCCCGAGUGCUUUGGUCCUGCCUUGAGAGGGGAAGGUGGCAAUGGCCUCCUUGCAGCCAUGGAAGAAGCCAUAAAAAUAGCUGAGGAUCCUUCUAGAGAUGGCCCCUCCCCAACCAGCGGAUCCAGCAAAAACCUUGAUACAGAAGAGGAGGAAGAUGAUGCCAUCCACAUGGGGAAUGCGAUCAUGACCUUCUAUGCAGCUUUGAUUGACUUGCUUGGUCGCUGCGCUCCUGAAAUGCACUUGAUUCAUGCUGGAAAGGGAGAAGCCAUCCGAAUCAGGUCUAUUUUGCGAUCCCUGAUUCCACUGGGAGACUUGGUGGGCGUAAUCAGCAUUGCAUUUCAAAUGCCAACAAUAGCCAAAGAUGGGAAGGUGGUGGAGCCUGACAUGUCCGCGGGGUUUUGCCCAGAUCACAAGGCAGCCAUGGUUUUGUUCCUUGACAGGGUCUAUGGAAUUGAGGUGCAAGAUUUCCUCCUCCAUCUCCUUGAGGUUGGCUUUCUGCCUGAUCUCCGAGCUGCUGCCUCUCUAGACACGGCUGCACUAAGUGCUACAGAUAUGGCCUUAGCCCUCAAUCGAUACCUUUGCACAGCUGUCCUGCCUUUGUUAACAAGAUGUGCUCCCCUGUUUGCUGGAACAGAGCACCAUGCUUCCCUCAUUGACUCUCUACUGCAUACUGUAUAUAGACUGUCUAAGGGAUGCUCCCUCACCAAAGCUCAGCGGGACUCCAUAGAAGUGUGCCUGCUCUCUAUAUGUGGCCAACUGCGACCUUCUAUGAUGCAACAUCUACUCAGAAGGCUGGUAUUUGAUGUUCCACUGUUGAAUGAGCAUGCAAAGAUGCCUCUUAAGCUUCUGACAAAUCAUUAUGAAAGAUGCUGGAAAUAUUACUGCCUGCCUGGAGGAUGGGGCAACUUUGGUGCUGCCUCAGAAGAAGAACUUCAUUUAUCAAGAAAGUUAUUUUGGGGCAUUUUUGAUGCUUUGUCUCAAAAGAAAUAUGAACAAGAACUUUUCAAACUGGCCCUGCCUUGCCUGAGUGCAGUUGCGGGAGCUUUACCUCCAGACUACAUGGAGUCAAACUAUGUCAGUAUGAUGGAAAAACAGUCAUCCAUGGAUUCUGAAGGGAACUUUAACCCACAACCUGUUGAUACCUCAAACAUUACAAUUCCUGAGAAGUUGGAAUACUUCAUUAACAAAUAUGCAGAACAUUCCCAUGAUAAAUGGUCCAUGGACAAGUUGGCGAAUGGAUGGAUUUAUGGGGAAAUAUAUUCAGACUCUUCUAAGGUCCAGCCACUAAUGAAGCCAUAUAAACUAUUGUCUGAAAAGGAAAAGGAAAUUUAUCGCUGGCCUAUCAAGGAAUCUUUAAAAACGAUGCUGGCUUGGGGUUGGAGAAUUGAGAGAACACGGGAGGGAGACAGUAUGGCUCUUUAUAACCGGACUCGACGCAUUUCUCAGACAAGCCAAGUGUCUAUAGAUGCUGCACAUGGUUAUAGCCCUCGUGCUAUUGACAUGAGCAACGUUACACUGUCUCGAGACCUGCAUGCUAUGGCGGAAAUGAUGGCUGAAAACUACCACAACAUAUGGGCCAAGAAAAAGAAAAUGGAGCUGGAAUCCAAAGGAGGAGGAAACCACCCCCUGCUGGUGCCCUAUGACACACUGACAGCCAAAGAGAAAGCCAAGGACAGAGAGAAGGCCCAGGAUAUCUUCAAGUUUCUACAGAUCAGUGGUUAUGCUGUAUCCAGAGGGUUCAAGGACCUGGAUCUGGACACACCUUCCAUUGAGAAGCGAUUUGCCUAUAGUUUCCUGCAGCAGCUGAUCCGCUAUGUGGACGAGGCUCAUCAGUACAUCCUGGAGUUCGAUGGCGGCAGCAGAAGCAAAGGAGAACAUUUUCCAUAUGAGCAAGAAAUCAAGUUCUUUGCCAAAGUUGUCCUUCCUUUAAUUGAUCAGUAUUUCAAAAACCACCGUCUGUACUUCUUGUCUGCUGCAAGCAGGCCUCUCUGCACUGGAGGACACGCAUCCAACAAAGAGAAGGAGAUGGUGACGAGCCUGUUCUGCAAACUUGGAGUUCUUGUCAGGCAUAGGAUUUCACUGUUUGGGAAUGAUGCUACUUCAAUUGUGAACUGUCUUCAUAUUCUGGGUCAGACGUUGGAUGCAAGGACUGUGAUGAAGACGGGCCUGGACAGUGUGAAAAGUGCUCUCAGGGCCUUUCUGGACAAUGCAGCAGAGGAUCUGGAAAAGACAAUGGAAAAUCUUAAGCAGGGCCAGUUUACUCACACCCGGAGCCAGCCCAAAGGGGUGACUCAGAUCAUCAACUAUACCACCGUGGCACUGUUGCCCAUGCUCUCAUCCCUGUUUGAACACAUUGGCCAGCAUCAGUUUGGAGAAGAUCUGAUAUUGGAGGAUGUUCAGGUGUCUUGUUACAGAAUUCUGACCAGCUUGUAUGCCUUGGGAACGAGCAAGAGCAUCUACGUGGAAAGGCAACGAUCUGCACUCGGAGAAUGCCUAGCUGCCUUUGCUGGUGCCUUCCCUAUAGCCUUUUUGGAGACCCACCUGGACAAACAUAACAUUUACUCCAUCUACAACACCAGAUCUUCACGGGAGAGAGCAGCUCUCAGUUUACCAGCAAAUGUGGAGGAUGUCUGCCCAAAUAUACCAUCCCUGGAGAAGCUCAUGGCUGAGAUUAUAGAGCUGGCAGAGUCAGGUAUCCGUUACACUCAGAUGCCACACAUGAUGGAGGUUGUACUGCCCAUGCUGUGCAGCUAUAUGUCACGAUGGUGGGAACACGGUCCUGAGAACCACCCAGAGAGAGCUGAGAUGUGCUGCACAGCUCUCAACUCAGAGCACAUGAACACACUGCUGGGUAACAUUCUCAAAAUCAUCUACAACAACCUAGGGAUUGACGAAGGAGCCUGGAUGAAACGCUUAGCAGUGUUUUCACAGCCUAUCAUCAACAAGGUGAAGCCUCAGCUCUUGAAAACUCAUUUCUUGCCCUUGAUGGAAAAGCUAAAGAAAAAGGCUGCCAUGGUAGUGUCUGAGGAAGACCACCUGAAAGCCGAGGCCAGAGGGGACAUGUCCGAGGCUGAGUUGCUAAUUUUAGAUGAGUUCACCACACUGGCAAGGGAUCUCUAUGCCUUCUACCCUCUCUUGAUCCGAUUUGUGGACUAUAACAGGGCAAAGUGGCUGAAGGAGCCCAACCCAGAGGCAGAGGAGCUGUUUCGCAUGGUGGCUGAAGUCUUCAUCUUCUGGUCCAAAUCCCAUAACUUCAAAAGAGAAGAACAGAACUUUGUGGUGCAGAAUGAAAUCAACAACAUGUCCUUCCUCAUCACUGACACCAAAUCCAAGAUGUCCAAGGCAGCCGUUUCUGACCAAGAGAGAAAGAAAAUGAAGCGCAAAGGGGACCGGUAUUCCAUGCAGACAUCUCUGAUCGUGGCAGCUCUGAAGCGACUGCUGCCCAUUGGGCUGAACAUCUGUGCCCCAGGAGACCAGGAGCUCAUUGCUCUGGCCAAAAAUCGAUUUAGCUUGAAAGACACCGAGGAGGAAGUACGAGAUAUAAUCCGCAGUAAUAUACACUUACAAGGCAAGUUGGAAGAUCCUGCAAUCAGGUGGCAAAUGGCUCUCUAUAAAGAUUUGCCAAACAGGACAGAAGACACCUCAGACCCAGAGAGGACAGUGGAGCGUGUCCUGGAUAUAGCAAAUGUACUUUUCCAUCUUGAGCAGGUGGAACAUCCUCAGAGAUCAAAGAAGGCUGUGUGGCACAAACUACUCUCUAAGCAGAGAAAAAGAGCUGUUGUUGCCUGCUUCCGGAUGGCCCCCUUAUAUAAUCUGCCAAGGCAUCGGGCUGUCAAUCUUUUUCUUCAGGGAUAUGAAAAGUCUUGGAUUGAAACGGAGGAGCAUUACUUUGAGGAUAAAUUGAUUGAAGAUUUAGCAAAACCAGGUGCUGAACCUCCAGAAGAAGAUGAAGCCAUGAAAAGAGUUGAUCCUCUCCAUCAGCUCAUUCUUCUAUUCAGCCGCACGGCCUUAACAGAGAAAUGCAAACUGGAGGAAGAUUUUCUAUAUAUGGCAUAUGCGGAUAUUAUGGCAAAGAGUUGUCACGAUGAGGAAGAUGAUGACGGUGAAGAAGAAGUGAAGAGCUUUGAAGUCACAGGAUCCCAACGCAGCAAGCACGAUAUUAUCAAAGAUUUAAGAAACAAAUUUGCCAGCCUCGGCGAGAACUCUCUGGAAAAAGAAAUGGAGAAGCAGAAACUUCUCUACCAGCAAGCCAGACUGCAUGACCGUGGGGCAGCAGAGAUGGUGCUUCAGACAAUCAGUGCCAGCAAAGGUGAAACUGGACCAAUGGUGGCUGCUACUUUGAAACUGGGCAUUGCUAUUUUAAAUGGUGGGAACUCCACAGUACAGCAGAAGAUGCUGGACUACCUGAAGGAGAAGAAGGAUGUAGGCUUCUUCCAGAGCUUGGCGGGCCUCAUGCAGUCUUGUAGUGUCCUCGACCUGAAUGCCUUUGAGAGGCAAAACAAAGCUGAAGGACUUGGGAUGGUGACUGAAGAAGGAUCAGCCUCUCACUUUGAAAGUCACAGACUACGGACUGGAGAGAAGGUACUGCAGGAUGACGAGUUUACCUGUGACCUCUUCCGAUUCCUGCAGCUGCUUUGUGAGGGACACAACUCAGAUUUUCAAAAUUACCUGAGAACUCAGACUGGCAACAAUACAACUGUCAAUAUCAUCAUCUCUACGGUGGACUACCUCCUCCGAGUGCAGGAGUCCAUUAGUGAUUUCUAUUGGUACUACUCUGGGAAAGACAUCAUAGAUGAACAGGGCCAACGCAACUUCUCCAAAGCCAUCCAAGUGGCGAAGCAGGUGUUCAACACUCUCACGGAGUACAUCCAGGGCCCUUGUACUGGAAACCAGCAGAGCUUGGCACACAGCAGGCUGUGGGAUGCUGUUGUGGGCUUCCUGCAUGUAUUCGCUCACAUGCAGAUGAAGUUGUCUCAGGAUUCCAGCCAAAUCGAGCUCUUGAAAGAACUAAUGGAUCUCCAGAAGGACAUGGUGGUCAUGCUGCUGUCCAUGCUAGAAGGUAACGUUGUGAACGGAACGAUAGGCAAACAGAUGGUGGACAUGCUUGUGGAGUCAUCUAACAAUGUGGAGAUGAUCCUCAAGUUCUUUGAUAUGUUUUUGAAACUAAAGGACUUGACGUCCUCUGACACAUUUAAGGAGUACGACCCUGAUGGCAAAGGGGUCAUUUCCAAGAGAGACUUCCACAAAGCCAUGGAGAGCCAUAAGCACUACACCCAGUCAGAGACUGAGUUUCUGCUGUCCUGUGCAGAGACGGAUGAAAAUGAGACACUGGACUAUGAAGAGUUUGUCAAAAGGUUUCAUGAACCUGCUAAGGACAUUGGCUUCAAUGUUGCUGUCCUGUUGACCAACCUCUCAGAGCACAUGCCCAAUGAUACGAGACUGCAGACCUUCUUGGAGUUAGCAGAGAGUGUCCUCAACUACUUCCAACCGUUCCUGGGUCGCAUUGAGAUCAUGGGCAGUGCCAAGCGUAUCGAGAGGGUCUAUUUUGAGAUCAGUGAGUCCAGCCGAACCCAGUGGGAGAAGCCACAGGUCAAGGAGUCCAAAAGGCAGUUUAUAUUUGAUGUGGUCAAUGAGGGUGGGGAGAAGGAGAAGAUGGAACUGUUUGUGAACUUCUGUGAGGACACCAUCUUUGAGAUGCAGCUGGCAGCUCAGAUCUCAGAGUCUGAUCUAAAUGAGAGGUCAGCAAAUAAAGAAGAGAGUGAGAAGGAGAGGCCUGAAGAGCAGGGCCCACGGAUGGGCUUCUUCUCCCUCCUCACCAUCCAGUCAGCCCUGUUGGCUCUUAGGUACAAUGUCCUAACCCUCGUUAGGAUGCUCAGCCUGAAGAGCCUAAAGAAGCAGAUGAAGAGAAUGAAAAAGAUGACAGUGAAGGACAUGGUCACAGCCUUCUUCUCGUCCUACUGGAGUGUGUUCGUGACCCUCUUACACUUCGUGGCCAGUGUCUGCAGGGGCUUUUUUCGCAUUGUUUCCAGCCUGCUGCUUGGGGGGAGCCUGGUGGAAGGCGCUAAGAAAAUCAAAGUGGCAGAGCUUUUAGCCAACAUGCCAGACCCCACUCAGGAUGAGGUGCGAGGAGAUGAAGAGGAGGGAGAGAGGAAGCCGUUAGAGUCAGCUCUGCCCUCUGAAGACCUGACGGACUUAAAGGAACUGACGGAGGAAAGUGACCUUCUUUCAGACAUAUUUGGCUUGGAUCUGAAGAGGGAAGGAGGGCAGUACAAACUAAUUCCUCACAAUCCAAAUGCCGGCCUCAGUGACCUUAUGACCAACCCCAUCCCUGUCCCUGAGGUACAAGAAAAGUUACAGGAGCAGAAGGCAAAAGAAGAGAAGGAAGAAAAAGAAGAAACCAAGUCUGAACCUGAGAAGGCUGAGGGGGAAGAUGGAGAAAAAGAAGAAAAAGCUAAAGAUGAUAAAGGCAAACAGAAGUUGAGGCAGCUUCACACACAUCGAUAUGGGGAACCUGAGGUGCCAGAGUCGGCAUUCUGGAAGAAAAUCAUAGCCUAUCAGCAGAAGCUGCUGAACUAUUUUGCUCGCAACUUUUACAACAUGAGGAUGCUGGCCUUGUUUGUUGCCUUCGCUAUCAAUUUCAUCCUGCUCUUCUACAAGGUCUCCACUUCUUCUGUGGUUGAAGGAAAGGAGCUGCCUGCCCGAAGUUCCAGCGACACUGCCAAAGUGACCACCAGCCUGGACAGUAACCCACACAGAAUCAUUGCAGUGCACUAUGUCCUUGAGGAGAGCAGUGGUUACAUGGAACCCACCCUGCGCAUCUUAGCCAUCUUGCACACUGUCAUCUCUUUCUUUUGCAUCAUUGGAUACUACUGCUUGAAAGUCCCGUUGGUUAUUUUUAAGCGAGAGAAGGAAGUGGCACGAAAAUUGGAGUUUGAUGGGCUUUACAUUACAGAGCAGCCAUCAGAAGACGAUAUUAAAGGCCAGUGGGACAGACUGGUGAUCAACACACAGUCAUUUCCCAAUAACUACUGGGAUAAAUUUGUUAAAAGAAAGGUAAUGGAUAAAUAUGGAGAGUUUUAUGGGCGAGACAGAAUCAGUGAGUUACUGGGCAUGGAUAAGGCUGCACUGGAUUUCAGCGAUGCGAGAGAGAAGAAGAAGCCCAAGAAAGACAGCUCCUUGUCCGCUGUAUUGAACUCUAUUGAUGUGAAGUACCAGAUGUGGAAACUCGGAGUUGUGUUCACAGACAAUUCCUUCCUGUACCUAGCCUGGUACAUGACCAUGUCCGUUCUUGGACACUAUAACAACUUUUUUUUUGCUGCUCACCUCCUUGACAUCGCAAUGGGAUUCAAGACUUUGAGAACCAUCCUGUCCUCAGUCACUCACAAUGGCAAACAGCUCGUGUUAACUGUGGGCUUAUUAGCUGUUGUUGUGUACCUGUACACUGUCGUGGCAUUCAAUUUCUUCCGAAAAUUCUAUAAUAAGAGCGAAGAUGGUGAUACACCAGACAUGAAAUGUGAUGACAUGUUGACGUGUUACAUGUUCCACAUGUAUGUGGGUGUCCGUGCUGGAGGGGGCAUUGGUGAUGAAAUUGAAGACCCAGCAGGAGAUGAGUAUGAGAUCUACCGCAUCAUCUUCGACAUCACGUUCUUCUUCUUUGUGAUUGUCAUCCUUUUGGCCAUCAUACAAGGUUUGAUCAUCGAUGCUUUUGGAGAACUCAGAGACCAACAGGAGCAAGUCAAGGAAGACAUGGAGACCAAGUGCUUCAUCUGUGGGAUAGGCAAUGACUACUUUGAUACAGUGCCGCAUGGCUUCGAAACACAUACUCUACAGGAGCACAACCUGGCCAACUACCUGUUUUUUCUGAUGUAUCUCAUAAACAAGGAUGAAACAGAACACACAGGACAGGAAUCUUAUGUCUGGAAGAUGUAUCAAGAGAGGUGCUGGGAGUUUUUCCCAGCAGGGGACUGUUUCCGGAAACAGUAUGAAGACCAGUUAAAUUAAUAUCAUACCUGAAUUGUCUCUGAAAACCAAAAGCAAUCUCUCUCCCUCUCUCUGUCUCUCUGUACCUCCCUCUCUCUCCUCUCUGAUCCCUUCGAACACCUGCUCAUAUUUUCCACUAGCCAGCAUCCUGUGCUGAGAGCACUGAUGCUCAGUCUCAAAGGACCUGACUGUUGUCCCCCAGCCUCAUGUGUUUUCAUUGAGAAAUCAAGACUGAAGAACAAUCCAAAUCCACAUUCAGACUAAACAGGAACCCUGGAAAGAAAUCCAUUGUGGACACUCCACCAUACCACCCAUGGACAGCUUCCCCUGAGGGUCAUGGAGUCUCCAGGAGCCGCCAGACCUGCGCAGCCAAGCAUGGCAGCCACACUCACCCGGGCUCUUUAUUUCGCCAUCCCAGAAGGAAGUGUCUGAGGGUCAUAGAGCACUGUAGCACUUAACGGGUUACCAUGGACACCAGUUGCAAAGGGAAAUAGUGCCUUACUAUAAGUGGGUUGAGCUAUGCAGAAGAUAAUGUGCAUGACAAACACCUUUAUUUUCUUUAUGUCAACCUUUUUUUUUUUUUUUUUUUUUUUUAGCUAGGUUGGUUUUGUGAUUUUGGUUUUAUAUUUUAUUGUUUUCCUUUAUUCUUUUCUUUGGUCAGGGAGGGUAAGAAAAGCUGUCUGCACCUUUUUCAAAAGAUGGGUGGUGUGUCUCAGGACAGAAGGAGGCUCUGCUCAUUCAGCUACGUCACAUUUACCCUCCCUACUUUGGUAAACACUCCGAUGCAACGUGGCAACUUAUGAAAUCUUUGUAUGAAAACAAAAAGACUGCAAAAAAUACAACUUUAAAAAGAAAUAAUUCAUUGCAUGUUUAUUAUGCAAGUUUAAAUGAGCAAAGAAAGCCUUUGGGGACAAGUUGAUCACCACAGGAGAACGUCUACGAUAAUUACAUCCAUAGUAACAAAUGUCCGGAGUCAGUGUCAUCCACCGACCGCUGAAGCUAUCACCGACGUGACAGGUGUCUUGGGUUUUCCCCUUUCUUUUGGCCACCUGUGAUCAGUCAUUAGUUAAGGACGCCUUGUCGGGCCAUCUUUUGAUAUCCAAGCUGAAGCAAUAUACAUUCAGAGAUUUCAUUGGUUGCGUCAUGAGACAUGGGUGGCCAUGUACAUCGAUUCAUUUUAUGUGUUUUUUUUCUCAUUUUGAGUCCUUUUAAAUGUAAUGCUAAACUUUACAAUUAAAAAGACAGGUUCAGAAUGGAAGCGAGGUCAUUCUGUGAACAUUGGAGAUCUUUUAUUACAAGUCUGCUUGUUAAUUUUAGAAUUGUAAAAUGGCUCUAAUUAAACUAUUUAACUAAC